AGUACAGUUGCUCUUUCCCUCCUACUCUCCAUUGGGCCUGACCUCUUCUCUGCGCAUUGGCAGGAGAGGCCAUGUCACUAAGUGUAGAGGCCUUGCAGGGCAGUCAUGUCUCGUCUUACGAUACACAGAAAACAGGAGCAGCUGUUGACCCGAAAAUCCCGGAUGAACAAAUUUCUCAAAAGCACGUAACACAUCCUGGUGAAGCACCAGAUGGAGGAAUAAGGGCAUGGCUUGUGGUUUUUGCCGCCGCAUCGGUUAUGUUCUCUACGCUUGGUUUUCUACUUUCAUGGGGUAUCUUCCAAGCGUAUUACGAGGAAAAUCUACUACUCCACACUUCUCCUUCAACUAUAGCAUGGAUCGGUUCUACGCAGUAUGCGCUCGCGUGCCUUCCAUCGCUUGCAACGGGGCGAAUGUUUGACCUGGGGUAUUUCAAAAUACCGUUCUUCGCCGCUACCUGCGUCCUCGUCGCAUGCACUUUCCUGACCGCAGAAUGCACUCAAUUCUGGCAGUUCUUUCUAACACAGGGCGUCGGUGUUGGCGUAAGCUGUGGUAUCAUGUGGAAUCCUGCGGUGGUCAUUGUGCCACAAUGGUUUUCCAAAAGACGUGGCUUGGCUUUGUCGCUCACCACCAUUGGGACUGUGCUCGGCAGCAUCGUGUUUCCUGUAGCGGCACAAAAUUUGAUUCCAUUAAUUGGGUUUAAAUGGACAGUCCGCGUGUUUGGAUUCAUUUUGAUGGCUACCCUGGGGACAGCCAACGUAUUACUGAAACGACGGCUCCCACCCGUCAACAUUCGUGGGGGACUCUUCAAUUUCAAUGCAUUUCGCAACAAAGCAUUUACCAUCUAUUGCAUCUCAGGAAUUAUGAUCGUUUUAGGUCUUGAUACAGAGUUAACAUAUCUCCCUGUGAGCGCCGUAGCAAUUGGCGUCUCGAAAGAUUUUUCAUUCUAUACACUCGCGAUCGCCAAUGCGGCGUCUGCGUUGCGUGUGUCAUUUGGGCUGAUGUCAGAUAAAAUCGGCGCUAUCAACACCAUGGUAGUUAUGACAGCUGUAACAGGGAUCGCGACAAUAGUUUGGCCAUUUGCCAAAAAUGAAUCCCAGCUUAUUGCAAUUGCUGCCAUUUACGGAUUCUCCCUCGGAGCAUAUGUAUCUCUGUACUCUGCACCUCUUGUAGCAAUGGGGCAAAUGGAAGAUGCAGGGCGUCGAGUGGGAAUGUUCAUGUCCCUCAUUGCUCUCGGAGGCGCUGCGGGUCCUCCGAUAUCAGGUGCCAUCAGUACUGCGACAGGAGGGUUUGUCGCUGCGGGUUAUUAUUCAGGUGGCAGCAUUAUAUUUGGUGUUGCAUUGCUACUGGUGGCACGGUACCUCCAUCUCGGACGGCUAUGGGGCAAAUUUUGAAUGAUCGUUCAGUGAGGCGAAUAUAGCAUUCUCAAUGUGUUCUCUAGAACGUUGGAGAAGGGGUGAAUGAUUCAUGUGUGGUGCCGGGCACCAUCAACGCUGCAUGCCAUAUUCAUAACGAACUCGUAUGAUAAUUUGUUGGACUCUUUAGUCUUUCUUAUUGUUCUUGUUUUAUUCUACCUUUGCCUGUGUGAUCGGUUGACGAAAACAAGACCAGAGAUUGUCCGGCACUUCGCGUUU